CAAGAACUUUGCUCUCAGUACACCUCAUACUGUCUUCUCAGGCAUCCAAAUCGCGUUUUGCGCUCACGCGUCAAUCACCCAGCCUCUAUCAGAAUGCCGCCCUCAAUUCCCCUUUCGCCUCAUGUGCAUGACACCUCGACGCAAAUAACGCGGCCUUUAUGCUCAGUUAACCCGCGCCAUGUUCUCUCGAGCACGCAAUCUCUCUGAGCUGCCUCUCAUAAACAGCAGCGAUCCCUCUUUCGAACUCGAGCUUCACCGCCGUCGCGCAUUCUACAUAGAUAAUGCCUCACACCUCCCAGAUGAUCUGGCUGACUUCGAAGCGGCUGUCAAUGCAUCGCGCGCAAGCCCGGAGCCGGAUGAGGCAUACCUAGCUUCCUUUCAGCGGCGUCUCAGAAAUAGCUGUAACGAGGCUGCUGUCGUGCAGGGUGUUAUGCCAAAGCUUGUUCCCAUCGAUAGCCUCCUGGACAACGAAACACUUGUCACUGUGCCAAAUCAGCAAUGGGACAAGGAAUGCGGCUUGCGCGUCCCUCCUUCUGCACAGUACCGUAUCCCUCCUCCCAAGCCAGAUCAGACAAUCGGCCUUGCUGCCUCUGUAUUUUCAGCGUACGAGACUGCACUCGCGUAUCUGGCACACAAGGCACGUCCAAUUAAGUGUCUACCAAGCCUCGCGUUCCCGCUUGUAACAGUCGAAGCGAAGGGAGACAGAGGUCAGAACGUGUGUCGCUCGCAAAGCUUACACAAUGCUGCUGUUAUGCUUCACCAGCUCUUACGUUUAUGGGAAGAUACGAAUGCAGAGGGCGAACUGUUCUACAAAUCUCUAGUCUGCACAAUAUCCAUUACCACCCAGACCUGUGCUGUCUCUCAUUUUUGGAUGGUGCCUGGCGCAAAUGGUACUGUCUCGGUAUACGGCCGUCUAUUCAAGUCCUGGACACUGAACCUGCAAGAAGCGAUUGGCUUAAGUUCAAUUGUCACGUGCAUUCGCAAUGCUAUUGACUUCACCAUUAAACGUGGAACAAAGCUGAUCACCGAACGUCUCGAAGCUCUUGAGGCAAUGACCAUAUACACACCCCCAAGUUCUUGUUGUUCACCCAGUUGCCGCAAGCGAAGGAGCUCAGAUAGAGACUCAUACAAAUGCUUUUAUUCUUCCUCGCCUGAGCCUGAGGAUACCCCUCUACGGAAGAAAGUUAGGAUUACCUCGUCUCAAAGUCGGAGAUGGGGUAGGAGGCGGAGCAGCGGUAGCUCAACUUGAACCAUCUGAGAAACACGAGGUGCCAAUUCCACACGUCUCAAGCGAGACAUUUUGACCUCAGCCGGUCACAUCUCAAGCGGUCCAUGUCUUUUGCAGUCUCAUCUACCCUCUGCGAGAGUGCUUUCACAGCUGGGGCAUUAAUGGUAUGCCAUUUUGCACAAAACUUUCCCACUGGGCCGCUGCGCACCAAGAAGUAACCGAAUCGCCGCUUCAAAGCAUGCAUUCUUCUGAGCGAGUCCUAAAAGAAGUCUUUCUGAUAUGUCAUCUCAAUGCUGCAUAGGAAAGCAACGAAGCUUGACAGCAAAGAUCCCUCCAAUUGUUCUUCCUGAACGAAGUGGUAAACAACAGAGAGAAUUUUGGACAUAUUUUGUGGGGUCAACUAGAGAAGGUCGUUCAAAACAUGUCUUUGUUUGGGUUAACACAAGUUCGGGUCGAAAUCCAGCUCAGGACAGCAUGCAGGGUUUUCAUGCGAACCAUAUAGAUCAAAGGCUCUGUGUUCGAGGCCAGGCAUCUCUGUUAGAGUCUAGACUAUGGAAAUCGUCCGCGUACUAUAGCCACGCGCGCCAUUUGUAUCUUAAAAAGCUACCGGCUCAAGACAUCUUUCUUGGGCGAAAUGAGCCACAGAAUUGAACGAAGGGCGAUUAAACUGAGGUGAAUUCCAAUUCUCAGGUGAACAUUGAUCAUUAAAUACAUGUAGAUCUGUGCUCGCUGGUUUAAGGGAGCAGAAAUAUUGGUAUUUGAAGUAAUAAAAU